UUUCCAAUCAUUUCUCUCUCCAUUGUCGGACUCUCUCUGCACAUAUUCUCCAAAGCCAGACGACACAUCAAAGGACAGAGAGAGAGAAACUGUAGAACAAGAAGAAGAAGAAGAAGCCGCGUAAACCCUAGACGAACCCUUCUCCCCAACGGUCACAAAUCACAAUCUUACCACAAACACUACAAUGGAAGCUCUAUCUCGUCCUCCCCGUCGCAGAGAUACAUCAUCGGCGACUCUCUCCAGGAAACUAUCAACCACCCACAGCUUUUCCGCCACCGCAAAGCACGCUUACGAUGGUGUUUUCUCCGCCCCCAACCGCGCUCCUUCUUCUCGUUCAUCCGGAAUCGACGACUACGGAGAAAUCUUCGGCGGUUCUCGCAGUUCUUCGAUUCCGGUUCUCGAUCUUCCAUCUCUAGAUGAAUCGGAGGUUUUGGUUAGCAACCGGAGCUCUAAGCUUGAUUAUUCAAAUAUUUUCGGUGGGUUUUGCAAUGAUGACGUUGCUUUAUCAUAUGAACAACUGUUUCAAAAACCAUCUGGAGCUAAAAAUUCGCCGGAGGAAGGAUGUGCUGCAGCAAAGGAAGUAUCAUCAUCAUCUUCAUCAUCCCCUGAACGGUUGGAUGAGAUGAAGAUUUCGAAAGAGACCCAGCAAGUUUCCAUUGAAGAAGCAUCGUCUGAACCUGAAGAUGGUAUGAAGCAAUUUAACAUGUCUUAUCACAAAACAAGCCAACGAAACAUUGAAAUUAAGAGUGGAACUACUCACAUAGCUCAGAUGCAUUCAACUCCUGGAUAUACUUGCUUCAUCGAUGAAAGUUCUUCCCUUCAGAAGAAGACAGUAAGUGAUGAGCAUCCCGAAAAAUCUCAAAGUCAGCCAGUACAAUCGAAGGUAUCACCACUGUCCAAUCUUGGUGCCAAUUUAGUUGACAAUAGAAGACCACACAAGAGAUCGAUGACAGCAGACUUUAAAGAGAUUCCUAAAAGAAACUUUUCAAAAGAAGGUUAUGCUGAUUUUUCAUCUUCAUUGUCUGACGAGGAGGAGGUAGACUUGAAUGCAACUGCUGCAGCUUCUGUGGCUGCUUUGAGGAAAGCAUUAGAGACGGCUCAAGCAAGUAUAAGAAUCGCAAAGGAAAUAAUGGAAAGGAAGGGAGGUACCCAACGGUUUGAAGUCAAAAAGAAAAGAGAGGAGAAAAUUCCUUCUAAGGACACUUUGAAAAAUGGAGAUGUAUCAGAAAAGGAAAAAGCCAAGCGAUAUGGCAAAUUCGUUCGCGACAAUGAAAAUUACAAACUUGGAUUGGCUCGAGAACAUGAGGCUGCAACUGCAAGCUUGAUUAAUCAAGAGACUAACAGAAGAGCGAAGGAGAUGCAAACUACAGGUGAUAUUUUAGGGCAGACGAAUAGAAAUAAGAAUUCACUUGAAGAAGCUUGUAAAGUGGUGGAGGUCAGAAAUACCCCUCAAGAUAACUAUACUGAUAACAAGCCAGUAGCAACUCACAAGAUUCAUGAGCUGGAGGACAUUGAUAAAGCAGGAAUUUACCUGAAAGAUGAAAAGUUGAAGGGCGAGCAUAAAUCGCAAACUGAAGAAAGUGAUAGCAAGAGAAUCGAUAAAGCAGGAAUUUACCUGAAAGAUGAAAAGUUGAAGGGCGAGCAUAAAUCUCAAACUGAAGAAAGUGAUAGCAAGAGAAUCGAUAAAGCAGGAAUUUACCUGAAAGAUGAAAAGUUGAAGGGAGAGCAUAAAUCGCAAACUGAAGAAAGUGAUAGCAAGAGAAUCGAUAAAGCAGGAAUUUACCUGAAAGAUGAAAAGUUGAAGGGCGAGCAUAAAUUGCAAACUGAAGAAAGUGAUAGCAAGAGAAUUGAUAAAGCAGGAAUUUACCUGAAAGAUGAAAAGUUGAAGGGCGAGCAUAAAUCGCAAACUGAAGAAAGUGAUAGCAAGAGAAUCGAUAAAGCAGGAAUUUACCUGAAAGAUGAAAAGUUGAAGGUAGAGCAUAAAUCGCAAACUGAAGAAAGUGAUAGCAAGAGAAUCCGUGAGUUGGAAGUUACAGAUUCAGUCAAUCCACCAGAUAACAAGUCAGUUGCAACUUACAAGGUUCGUGAACAGGAAGAAAAUGAUAAACCUGAAGUUUCUCAGGAUACCAUAAAAAUGGACAAGCAAGAGGCUUCCCCUGAAGAAAGCGAGCCUGAAAUUAACUUAUGCCUGCCAACUGAAGAAAGUGAUAAAACUAGGGUUUGUGAAGAAGUCACAAAAUGGGCACCGGAUGAAUCAGAGAACUACACUGGUAGCAGUUUAAUUGCAACUUACGAAGUUCAUGAGAUGGAAGGAGUUCCUCUGAAUGAAGAAAAAACGGACAAGCAAGAAGCUUCCUUUGGACCUGGAAGAUGCGAAGCUGAGAUUAACACAUGUCUGCUGCUAACAGCAGAGAGUAGUGAAAGAGGAAUUAUCCAAGCAGUCGAUAAAAUCGAGAAGAAUGAAAAACUAUCCUCUGAAGAGGAAGGAUGCGAAAGAAUAUGUAAAGAGCCUCUACAAAGUGAAGAAAUGAACAACAGAGAGUCUGAUGAGAAUAAAAAUGAUUUCUCUAGCCAGGAAGAAUACAAGGAGUCUGUUGAGAUCGGAGAAAUGAACAACAAAGAGUCUGUUGAGAUUGAAGAAAUGAACAACAAAGAGUCUGUUGAGAUUGCAGAAAUGAACAGCAAAGAGUCUGUUGAGAUUGAAGAAAUGAACAGCAAAGAGUCUGUUGAGAUUGAAGAAAUGAACAGCAAAGAGUCUGUUGAGAUUGAAGAAAUGAACAACAAAGAGUCUGUUGAGAUUGGAGAAAUGAACAACAAAGAGUCUGUUGAGAUUGAAGAAAUGAACAACAAAGAGUCUGUUGAGAUUGAAGAAAUGAACAACAAAGAGUCUGUUGAGAUUGAAGAAAUGAACAACAAAGAGUCUGAGGAAAAUAAAAAAGAUUUCUCUAGCCAGGAAGAAUACAAAGAAUCUGUUGAGAUUGAAGAAAGUGAGGAGUUCAUUGAUGAGGAAGUGAAGCUUGAUAGUAGCAAGGAAAAUUUCAGUCCAGAAAUUCUUGAGAAGGAAAAUAUCGUAAUGGAUUCCAAAGAUGGUAAUGAUGAAGAAGACCUACAAGAAAGCCGUCUGAAGGCAACUUCUGAGCUAAAGGGAGUUUGGAAAAACCGUUACCUCUCUUCUUGGUGGGGAGCCAUAAGUGAAGCCAUUACUAGUAAGGAAAGUAAUGAUAACGAGAGUGAAUCGACAGGUGCUGGUGCUCUAAAGGGAGUUUGGAAGAGCCGAUACCUUGCUUCUGAAUGGGGAGCCAACAAAGAAGCCUGUGAUGUUGAAGUUAAGGAAAAGGAAAAGGAAAAGGAAAAGGAAAAUAAUGAAAUUGAGAAUGGACUUAAAAAUAAACUGAAAGGAACUACUUGUGAGCUAAAGGGGGUCUGGAAGACACGAUAUCUAGCUUCCGAUUGGGGAGCCAUUAAGGAAUCUCAUAGUUUGACCGAUGAAUCUGAAAAAAUAUCUGACCCGGAUGAGACUGGGAGGAAAGAAGAAGAAAAUAAGAACAAUCAAAAUCAUGACACAGAAGAAAGUGAGACUAGUGUAGGAGAUGAGUCUGAUGAUGUUGAUGAAAGUGAAGCAGUUUUCGCGAAGAUCCAUAAAUUUAAAGAAACUGUAACUAGACAUGGUGAUGGUGAAGAUCCCGAGAAAGCAUUACUGCGUCAUAAUGUUUCUACUGAGACCGAGAAUCUUGAGAAUGCUCAUGAUGCAUUUACCAACCAUAUGAAAGCAUUUAUAGAUGAAACCUUGUCCGAAGAGAAUGGGAGUGGUUCAAAUGUUGCCAAUAAAUUGGUAGAGCAGAACAAUCUGGAAGCUGCUGCAAAAAUAGAAGACCGUGGUCCUCAGAAUGAUGACAAACCGGAAGAAAUUGAUUCUACCAACGCUAGUAAAAAGAACCAAACAUUGCAGAAUGAGGAUGAUUCGGAUGUCUCUUCCAGUUCUCGAGAUGACAGAAGUUACGAAAGCUUUUCUGAAGAAACAGUGCCUAAAAUGGAAGAAAGCAGAGAAAAUCAGAAAUUGCUUGGAGAUGAAGCAAAAGAGGUAAAAGAAGGAAAAGAAGAGCAUGUGAGAAGAAAAGCGGAAAUGGAGCAGAAGAACAGAGAUAGAAUAGUUGUGGAAAGAGCAAUUCGCGAAGCUCGAGAAAGGGCAUUUACAGAUGUUCGUGAAAGAGCAGAAAGGGCUGCAGUUGAGAGAGCUACAGCUGAAGUUCGACAAAGAGCAAUGGCUGAGGCACGAGAGAAAAUUGAGAAAUCCAAAUCAUUUACUGGUAAUAAAGCUAAUGUAGAAGCGAGAAUUCGAGCUGAACGUGCUGCAGUUGAGAGAGCAACAUCAGAGGCUCGUGAACGUGCCCGUGAGAAAGUUGCAUUAUCACAGAAAGCUACUUCCUCCAGAGAAUCGGCUGCAAAUAAUGAUCAACAAGCAACAGAUAUAAACAAUGGUGAAUCGGCUCAAAGACGAAAAGCAAGGCAGGAGAGGCACCAAAGAACCAUGGAGCGUGCGGCAAAAGCUCUUGCUGAGAAAAACCAGCGCGAUCUUAAGUCUCAGAAAGAACAAGCUGAACGAAAUAGAUUUGCAGAGACACUGGAUGCUGAAGUUAAGAGAUGGUCAAGUGGCAAGGAGGGAAACCUUAGGGCAUUGCUUUCAACUUUACAAUAUAUCCUAGGGCCUGAAAGCGGGUGGCAGCCUGUUUCAUUGACAGAGAUCAUUACAACUGCAGCUGUUAAAAAGUCAUACAGAAGAGCCAACCUUCAUGUUCAUCCUGAUAAGUUGCAGCAAAGAGGUGCAAGCAUUCAACAGAAGUAUAUCUGUGAGAAGGUUUUCGAUCUUCUUAAGGCAGCUUGGAACAAGUUCAACUCAGAAGAAAGAUGAAUUUUGUUGAAUCAAUCAUUUAAAACAUUUUAUUAGGCUUAAUUUAUUUUCCAUUCCAUAAAGGAAUGAAUUUAUUAACUCUAAGUAGUGGAUGAACCUUUUUUUAUCAUUCAAAUAUUCAAAGUUCUUAUUAGUGACCC